UUUAUUUUUACCCAGAUUAUACUUGAUAAUAAAAACACACAUUAUUGAGUAAAAGAGCUAGCAGUGAAAUUAAAAUUAUAUACAGUUGAUUCAAAUCAAACUGUGAGACAAUUAACAUUAAAAGAAAUGCCAAGUAGAAUAUACUUGAGUACAGACGAUACACCACAAUCAGAUGUAACUGUUGAGAUAAUUUCAAGUCCAUCAACAAAUAUGGUUGAUUUAAAUACAAGAACACUUACCUCAAGUCUAAAUGACACUUAUCAACAAGAACAACAACGACAACAAGAAGAACAAGAACAACAACGACAACAUGAACAACAAGAACAACAAAGACAACAACAAGAACAACAACUAAAUCAACGAGGAUUUCAACAUUUAAAUGUUCAAGAUGCAUUGUCAUAUAUUGAUCAAGUUAAAUAUACAUUUAUUGAUCAACCACAAGUAUACUAUGAUUUUCUUGAUGUUAUGAAAGACUUUAAAUGUCAAAAAAUUAAUGCAUCUGAUGCUCUAACAAGAGUUAAUUAUUUGUUUGAAAACCAUCCACAAUUAAUUGGUGGUUUUAAUAUAUUUUUACCACCAGGUCAUGGAAUUGAAUCACAAAUUAGAGAACAAAAUUAUUCUCAUCAAGUAUCAGUAAAUACAACAAGUGAACAAUCAACACAUACAUUUUCAUCACAUUCUACAGUUGAUGUUGGUUCAUCAUCAAAUCAACAAAUAUCACAAACACCAUCUGUCAUACAAAUGAUGCCAGCUGGUGGUCAUAUACAUUAUGCAAUGUCAAAUCAAUCAAGCAUCAAUCAAAAUAACAUGAACAACAUGAAUAUUUAUUCAUCACCAGCUGGGCCAUCAUCAUCAUUUAAUAAUUCACAUGUUCCAUCAUCUCAUGGACAUGCACUAAGCCAAGAACCAUAUAAUGCAUCAUCAAAUAUUAGAACAACACGCACUCAACAAGAAUUUAAUGAUGCUAUGAAUUAUAUUAAUAAAAUUAAAGAUAGAUUUCAACAACAACCGUAUAAAUACCAACGAUUCUUGGAAAUUCUUCGUGCAUAUGAAAGAUAUCAAAGAGGUGAUAGUGUUGGUUCAAGAUUAACUAAAGAUGAUGUAUGUGCUGAAGUUACUCAACUUUUUGAAAAUCAAGAAGAUCUUCUUGCUGAAUUUGGACAAUUUUUACCUGAUUCUACACAUACCUCAAAUAGCCUGAGCAACAGAAUGUCUGAGUUUAAUCAGGAUUCAUUAUAUUUACUACAAGAUUUUGGAAUGGACUUACGAGGUAAUGAACAAGGAUUUGUAAUUAAUCUAUAAAUUAACAGACG